CGCCUCUUGGCUGUAAAAUGGGGCAGCAAGUGAGCGGGGUGGCGGCGCCAGCUGAAAUCCACGCAUGCGCAUCCUGCUGUCUCGACACCGCGUCCGUCCAAGUUGCCUUUGGGCAUAUCACUCGACUCGACCAGCCCAAGCGGAGCACGACGUGUCAACGCUGCCUAUCGCCGUCCGUUGCGGCGCUGCCGUACCUUCUCUCACUGAACCUCGCCCGGAACAACCUCGACGGCAGCCUUCCACCGACCUUUUCCAAGCGCCUGACCUCUCUGGAUUUAAGCGGCAAUCGACUUCACGGCCCUUUGCCAGCCAGCAUUGCUCGCUGCACGAACCUCACACGACUGCAUCUGCAACAGAACGCCUUGACCGGUGCGCUGCCCGCCAGCAUCGGGCGUCUCCGGCGCCUGCAGUCGCUGCGCCUCGAGUACAACUCGCUGGACGGCCCUCUACCCGAGUCGCUUUUCGAUCUCGUGCACCUCACGCGCCUGAACUUGCGCGCCAACUGCUUCACAGGCGGUCUCUCGGAUCGCAUUGGGCGCCUGUCGAGGCUGAAGUUUCUUUCCGUGCGCAACAACCUGCUCCACGGGCCGCUGCCUCCGACGCUAAGCGACUGCCGCGCCCUCACGUUUCUCAACGUCUCGAGCAACGCCUUUAGUGGCACCAUCCCCGCGUCCCUCGCGCAGCUACAUUCGCUUCGGUUCGUAUACCUCUUUGAAAAUGACUUUGACGGGACUUUGCCCGCGUCGCUGCAGUCGCUGCCACAGCUCAAGGAAAUCGACGCCCGGCGCAACCCAAGGCUCGUCGUCGUUGCCACCGAAGCAAAGCCGUGCCACCAACUGCAGCUGCCGUGCACCCCCGACGUGAUCGUGCCGCUUCCAGCGAGCUGA